GGGGGGUCGGUAGGCGGGGCUCCCGGCGCACCUGCAGGAGCCCUGGUCAGCGGCGACUGCGCCGUCAUCCCCUUCCCUCCCUCCACCCCGCCCGCGGCCUGUCUGUUUACGUGGAGACGAAGAUGGCGGCGGCGGCGCCGGCGCCGGGGACGCUCCUUCUGUGAGCCGGCCACGGGAGUUGGCGCGGGGCCGGUGGCGGCGGAGCGCAGCGCGGGGGACAGCCUGCAGCCGUGUCUUCCAUUUCAAGCGGACCCUUCUCUUGCUCUUUCCUUCCCUUCCGCUCCAGCGCGGGCCAUGGAGGACGAGGAGCGGCAGAAGAAGCUGGAGGCCGGCAGAGCCAAGCUUGCCCAGUUUCGGCAAAAGAAAGCACAGUCUGAUGGGCAGACUCCUUCCAAGAAGCAGAAAAGGAAGAAGAAGUCAUCAGCUAGAAAAUAUGAAGAUUCUUCAUAUACUUCCAAUAUUGAUCAGUCACAGGGUGAUCAGUUAUACAUGAAUAGCUCUCAGAGAGGAGCAUCCAUGACUCCUGAAUUCAGUAUAAUGAGAACUUUACAAAGUGGAGAGAUCAUCAAACAUGAUCAGUCCUACACUAUUGAACCAGAAAGUGAAAUUUCAACCACAGCAGAUGACUACAGUUCAGAGGUAAAUGGUUGCAGUUUGGUGAGAACAGAUAUUCCUACACAUUUAUUAAUGGAAGAAGAAUUUGGAGUUGAUGAGUCUUAUUCUGAACAAGGAGCACAGUACUCUUCGACCCGACUAGAGAUGAUGGAGAAUGAAUUGGCUGGGAAACAGCAAGAGAUUGAAGAACUAAGCAGAGAGCUAGAGGAGAUGAGGGCAGCAUUUGGCACAGAAGGAUUGCAACAGCUUCAAGAAUUUGAAGCUGCAAUUAAACAAAGAGAUGGCAUCAUAACCCAACUUACUGCUAAUCUACAACAAGCAAGAAAAGAAAAAGAUGAGACUAUGAGAGAAUUUUUAGAGCUGACAGAACAAAGCCAAAAGUUGCAAAUUCAGUUCCAACAUUUACAGGCUAGUGAAACUCUGAGAAAUAGUAGCCAUAGUAACACAGCUGCAGAUUUACUUCAAGCCAAACAACAGAUUCUCACUCAUCAACAGCAGCUAGAAGAACAAGACCAUCUAUUAGAAGAUUAUCAAAAGAAGAAAGAAGAAUUCAAAAUGCAAAUUAAUUUAAUGCAAGAGAAAAUUAGAACUUAUGAGAUGAGGGAACAAAAUAAAAAAGAAGACUCAAGUAAAAAGGAACUACAGGAAAAGGAGUCAGUCAUUGAAGAGUUAAAAACAAAAAUAAUAGAAGAAGAAAGAAACUUACUUGAACUGAAGGAUAAAAUAUCAGCUACUGAUAAAUUACUAGAAGAAUUCAAAGAACAGAUUAUAGAAAAGAAUCAGGAAAUAAAUAAUAUUAGACUAGAACUAACUAAUUCUAAACAGAAAGAAAGACAGUGUUCUGAUGAAAUUAAACAAUUAAUGGGAACUGUUGAAGAACUUCAAAAGAAAAAUCAUAAAGAAAGCCAAUUUGAAAGUGAUAUGAUACAGAGAAUGGAACAAGAAACUCAAAGGAAAUUGGAACAACUUCGGGCAGAGCUAGAUGAAAUGUAUGGGCAGCAGAUUGUGCAGAUGAAACAAGAGUUAAUAAAGCAGCAUGUGUUACAAAUAGAUGAACUUAAUGCACAACAUAAAGGAGAACUGGAAAACACUUUAAAAUCAUGUCCAAAUAUUACAGUAAAUGAAGAUCAAAUACAGUUAAUGAAUAUGGCAAUUAAUGAAUUGAAUUUAAAACUGCAAGAUGCUAAUUCUCAAAAGGAAAAAAUAAAAGAACAAUUAGAAGUAAUUUCUGGAGAAAAAUCUAUUCUACAAAGACAACUUGAAGAUCUUUUUGAAGAAUUAAGCUUUUCAAGGGACCAAAUUCAAAGAGCUAGACAGACAAUAGUUGAGCAGGAAGGUAAACUUAAUGAAGCACAUAGAUUGCUUAGCAGUGUGGAAGAUCUGAAAGCUCAGAUUGUUUCUGCAUCUGAAUUCAGGAAGGAGUUAGAAUUAAAACACGAGGCUGAAGUUACCAAUUACAAGAUAAAGCUUGAAAUGCUAGAGAAAGAAAAGAAUGCUGUGUUGGACAGAAUGGCUGAGUCUCAGGAAGCUGAAUUAGAAAGACUGAGAACCCAGCUGCUAUUCAGUCAUGAAGAGGAGCUCUCUAAACUCCGGGAAGACUUAGAAAUUGAACAUCAAAUAAAUAUAGAAAAAUUUAAAGAUAAAUUGGGUAUUCACUAUAAACAGCAGAUAGAGGAGUUACAUAGUGAAAUGAGUCAAAAAAUAGAAACCAUGCAAUUUGAAAAGGACAAUUUAAUAACUAAGCAGAAUCAAUUACUUUUAGAAAUUUCAAAGCUGAAAGAUUUACAGCAGUCUCUUGUGAAUUCACAAUCAGAAGAGAUGACCCUUCAAAUCAGUGAACUUCAGAAAGAGAUUGAAGUACUCAGACAGGAAGAAAAAGAAAAAGGCACACUUGAACAAGAAGUACAGGAGUUACAACUUAAAACCGAAUUUUUGGAGAAACAAAUAAAAGAGAAAGAAGAUGAUCUUCAAGAAAAAUUUACACAACUUGAAGCUGAGAAUAAUAUUCUUAAAAAUGAAAAGAAAGCCCUUGAAGACAUGUUGAAAAUAUAUGUGCCUAUUAGCAAAGAAGAAAGCCUGAUUAUCAUAGAUUCAGCAAAGUCCAAGUCUGAAGACUAUGACUGGCAAAAAAAAAUGGACAUACUCCUUGAGGAAAAUGAGAAACUAACAAAGCAAUGUGAUCAGCUAAAUGAAGAGAUUGAGAAGCAAAGGAACACAUACUCAUUUGCUGAAAAGAAUUUUGAGGUUAACUAUCAGGAGUUACGGGAAGAAUAUGCUUGUCUUUUAAAGGUCAAAGCUGAUCUAGAGGACAGCAAAAGCAAACAAGAAGCAGAAUACCAAAUGCAGGUACAGGCUCUUACUGAUGAGCUUUGUAAUUUACAGAGAAUUAAGCCAAUUUUGGUGAAGUCUAAAAGUUCAGAUUCUGAAAGCUGUAAAGAUGACAAACCUUUCACAACAGAAAUUUCUGAAGUUGUCGAAGUUGUUGAGAAAGAUACUACAGAACUUAUGGAAAAGCUUGAAGUAACCCAGCGAGAGAAAUUAGAACUGUCAGAAAGACUGUCAGAUCUUUCCGAACAACUAAAGCAGAAACAUGGUGAAAUUGACCAUUUAAGUGAGGAAGUUAAAUCUUUAAAGCAAGAGAAAGAACAAGUUUUAAAAAAAUGCAAAGAGCUAGAAAUCAUAAUUGGCCAUAGUCGAGCAGAACAUAUGGAUGAGUUAAAACUUAAGCUGUGUGAUUUUAAAGAUGGCAUUCAGACAGAAGAAAGUAAAGAUUCUGAAAGGUUUGUAUUUAAAAAAAAUAAAGACUUUAGUGAAGGGGCAAAGAUCACAGAGGAAAAUGAAAUUUCAUCUGAAGAUGCAGCUGUUAAAAAAGAAUGCAAGCAAGGACUGGUAAAACAAGAAAAACAUACACUUUUGGAUCACUUGGACUCUGUAACUGACCAGUUGGCUAAUGAAUCCACAUCAUCAUCUUUGGCUAUUGCACAAAGUGAAAAUUACCAACUUCAGCAGGAACUCCGUAUUCUGAAAUCUGAACAGGCAGAUUUGCAGCUUCAGAUGGAGGCUCAGCGCUUUUGCCUUUCCUUGGUUCAUUCAGCUCAUGUGAAGCAGGUGCAGGCAUGCAUGGAAGAGGAGACAGCCAGUGCACUGAACAGCCUCAGAGAGGACCUUGUUUCUGCUCAUGAAGAAGAGAUGAAGGAGCUUCAGAAAAUGCAUCAUUUAGAACUACAGAACAGAAAGGGACAAAAAAUAGAUGAAGAAGUAAUGUCUUUAGAGAUUCUUAUGGAGAAACUCCACAGAGCAGUGACUGAGGAAUGUUCUUGUUUUAAUCAGUCUCUAUGUAACAUCCUUGGUGCAUAUAAUGCAACUCCUUUCAAAUAUGAAAUAAAAGUAGAAGAAAAAGAAGUUUCUGAUAUUCAUUCCCCAGAAGUUCAAGAAGAUAACUCAGAAUUACAGAAUUAUACAUUUGAAGCUUCAGACUUGCAAUCCAAUAUGCAAUCUCUUGUUAACAAAAUAGCAGAAGAAUACAACAAGCUGUUGGUACUUCAGUCACAACUAACCAUAAAUUGUGAAAAGAUUCAAGAACAAGCAGAAAAUGCAAAACUUGAAUUUGAAAAAGAGGAGGAAAUAACAAAUCUCAUGACAAUAAAACCAAAGUGUUUAUCAGCCUCUUCUCAGACAAAAGAUAUUGAUGUAGACAAUUUGCCUCCUUUAGAAGACAUAGAAAAAUUGAAAAAUCAGCUGGAAGCACAAGAUUUUCAAGGACAAGGACACUUUCCAUGUAAUUUCCAGCCACAGUUGAAGGAAAUUGAAAUAAAGAACCCUUCAGAGAUCCUUCAUUUGCAAGAGGCACUUCAGCCUGUUCAAGAAUCAGUUCUUCAGCCAAGCGUUAUCUCUGAAUCACUGAAAAAUAUGGAUCAGGUUGUGGGCAAAACGAAAUAUAUCAAAAGUUGUCUUCAAAAGACUGAAGAUGGUUCAGCGAAGUUUACUGAUGAAACUGGAAGGAAAGAAGAAAUGGAUAUUCAGUUCUUGGAAAAACAAUACCAAGAAAGGCUGGAAGAAGAAGUGGCUAAGGUCAUUGUGUCAAUGAGCAUAGCCUAUGCUCAGCAAAGUGAAAUAGCAAGAAUUUCUAGGCAAAAGGAAGAUGUUGCAUCAGUGACACAAAUAAAUGCCCAUCAACAAAAAGAACUCUUUCUAAGUGAUAGGAAGUGUUCUAGGAAUGAGAUUAGCAUACAGACUUUUGACCAAGAAGAAAUGAAAUUUAAAGAACUGAAGCCACUUAGCAAAGAACUGAGAGAAGAAGAAUUCAAGGAAAUUCUUUUAUCAAAUAGUAGUAAUCUUGAAAGCACAUUUGAAUUGAAGGACCAAGAACUAGAUUUUUCAAGAGAAGUUUUCUCUUCAAACAGAGAGUUUAUUUUUACAGAACAUACCCGGGAUGAGAUGUUGGCAUCAAACACAGAGGCUUCUCGGCAGCUGAUGAUGAGUGAAGAGCAGCUGGAAGACCUGAGGCAGGAGUUGGUGCGGCAGUACCAGGAGCACCAGCAGGCCACAGAGCUAUUGAAACAAGCUCACAUGCACCAAAUGGAAAGACAAAGGGAAGAUCAUGAACAGCUGCAGGAAGAGAUCAGGAGGCUUCACCAAGAGUUGGCCCAGAGUGCCUCAAUAGAUAAUGAAAACCUGGUUACAGAGAGAGAAAGGGUGCUUCUAGAGGAGCUGGAAGCCCUAAAGCAGCGAUCAUUAGCUGGAAGAGAGAAGCUGUGUUGUGAGCUGCGCAGCAGCUAUACGCAAACACAGGAUGAAAAUGAAAGCCAAGGAGAAAUUGAAGAACCAAUCAUUCAAGAAGAAUUGGAAGAAAAACCUCCAGCUGUGUCUUCUGACAUUCUCUCUAAAGAAAGAUAUGCUCUUCAGAAAGCUAAUAACAGACUCCUAAAGAUCCUCUUAGAAGUUGUAAAGACAAUAGCAGCUGUUGAAGAAACAAUUGGCCGUCAUGUUCUCGGUAUUUUGGAUAGAUCUAAUAAAGGCCAGUCAUCAACCAAUAUUAUCUGGAAGUCAGAGUCAGAAGGAACAGUGAAGUCCUGCAUACAUGAGGAAGACACAGAAGAAGAAUCCAUGGGUUCUUACUGUGGAAGUGGCAUGCCUAGUCAUGCCACCAGCACAUGGUCAGAAAUAACGGACGAAGGCAUGGAACUGUGUCAGCGUCUUCUAAGAUGUAGCUUGGCUGGCACUGAAAUAGACCCAGAGAAUGAAGAGCUUGUCUUGAAUGUUAGCUCUCGGCUCCAGGCGGCCGUUGAGAAACUUCUAGAAGCCAUAAGUGAAACAAGCAGUCAGCUUGAACACGCCAAAGUUACACAGACAGAGUUGAUGCGUGAGUCAUUCAGACAGAAGCAGGAAGCCACCGAGUUUCUAAAAUGCCAAGAAGAAUUACAAGAGCGACUCAAUGAAGAGUUGAAAGCUAGAGAACAAUUGGCUGUGGAGCUUAGUAAGGCAGAGGGUAUCAUUGAUGGCUAUGCAGAUGAAAAAGCUCUUUUCGAAAGGCAAAUUCAGGAAAAAACUGACAUUAUUGACCACCUUCAGCAGGAGUUGUUAUGUGUAGGUAACAGAUUACAGGAAUUGGAAGCUGAGAGACAGCAAAUCCAAGAAGAGAGAGAGUUACUUUCUAGACAGAAAGAUGCCAUGAAAGCAGAAGCAGGACCAGUUGAACAACAACUACUGCAAGAAACAGAAAAGCUAAUGAAGGAAAAACUGGAAGUACAGUGUCAAGCUGAAAAGGUUUGUGAUGACCUUCAGAAACAAGUAAAAACUCUGGAAAUGGAUGUGGAGGAACAGGUCAGCCGCUUUAUGGAACUAGAACAAGAAAAGAAUGCCGAACUGAUGGAUCUGAGACAGCAAAACCAGGCCCUGGAGAAACAGCUGGAGAAAAUGAGAAAGUUUUUAGAUGAACAGGCAAUUGAUCGAGAACAUGAAAGAGACGUGUUCCAACAAGAAAUACUGAAGCUGGAACAGCAGCUAAAGGCUACCCCAAAGUUCCAGCCUAUCAGUGAGCACCAGACUAGAGAGGUUGAGCAGUUAACAAAUCAUCUCAAAGAAAAAACAGACAAAUGCAGUGAACUCCUGCUGUCAAAAGAGCAACUUCAGAGGGAUGUACAGGAACGGAAUGAAGAGAUUGAGAAAUUAGAAUCCCGAAUAAGAGAAUUGGAACAAGCUUUACUUAUUAGUGCGGACAAUUUACAAAAGGUAGAGAACCGAAAACAUUUUGGAGCUGUUGAAGCCAAAGAAUUGCCCUUAGAAGUACAAUUACAGGCAGAACGAGAAGCUUUGGAUAGAAAAGAAAAAGAGAUCACAAACUUGGAAGAACAGUUAGAGCAGUUCAGAGAAGAGCUGGAGAACAAGAAUGAAGAAGUCCAGCAGCUGCACAUGCAGUUAGAAAUACAGAAGAAGGAGGCCACAACACGCCUGGAAGAGCUUGAGCAGGAGAAUCGAUUGUUCAAGAAUGAAAUGGAAAGACUAGGCUUUGCUGUACAAGAAUUUGAAGAUGUCUCCACAAAGGACCACCAUCAGCUAUUUGGGAAAUUUACCCAGAUGAUAGAGGAGAAGGAAUUAGAAAUUGGUAGGCUAAAUGGCCAGAUUACAAGACUUCAGCAGCAGCUUGAAAUUACAACAGAUAAUAAGAUUAUUGAGGAAAAAAACCAACUGAUACAGUACCUGGAAUCUCAGCUGGAGUUUCUAAAAAGCGACCAAGAACGUAUCAAGAAAAAUAGUGAAGAAGAAAUAGAACAGCUCAGUGAUGUGAUUGAAAAACUUCAACAGGAAUUGUCAAGCAUCGAACAGAAAGCACCGGAAGACUUCUCUUCCCUUCCUGAGGAGCCAAAUGAUCUGAAACAGCAGCUGGAGGCAGUGAGAGCGGACAAGCUGGCCCUGGAGCAAGAAGUGGGGAGAACCCGAGAGGAGGCAGCCCUGGCCCACGCUGGGCUCCGGGAGAGCAGUACCCGCAUGAACCACCUGCAGGAAGAGCUGGAUGCCUUGAGAGAGGAGCAGCACGGCUGGUCUCAGACCCAGAGCCCUAGAGGCAGUGUGCAGGGUGCCGGCCAAAGCCAGCCCAAGCAGCUGGGGAUAGAAGACCCCACCAGCCUCCAGCCCCCAGCCGGAAUGAGCAGAGGCUUUGGGGGCGAGCUAGAGUUGGCCCUCCUGCACCCGGGAGAGAAGGGAGCAGAGCCCAGAUGGAUGGAGGACUCGAAGGGCCAGGCCGACAAGGAAACUCUUCAAAGGGAGGUCAGCGGGCUUCGGGCAGCACUUGAGGAGAAGGUGGCCGCCUUCGUGGUGAGUCAGGCUCAGCUCAGAGCCAUCCAAGAGCACGUGAGCCGGUGGCAGCAGAGGGCAGUGUCCGAGCUAUCCGGAGGAGCCCAGGAGGCUCAAGGGGACAGCCGGCCACUCUGUCAGAAGGAGCCCAAAGAAGCUGCAGAGGAAAGGAAGGAAAAGAAGCUGCUGGGCCUUGAGGAGACCCCAGAGGAGGUGGAGAAAAAAGAGAAAAAGGAGGAAGAUGCAGGCUUGGCCCAGGUAAGAGAAGCUAAUAUGGCACUUCAGGAAGAACUAAAUCAAAUUAAGCAUCAGCUCAUGGAAGCUGAAAAGAAACUGGAAUAUUAUUUGAAAAAGGAAGGUGAACUUCGAGUAUCAGAAAGUCAAAAGGCCUCAUGUGAAUUAGGACAGUUUCUGGCUGAGAGAGAUUCUCCUCUGACAGGUCAAAACUCCUCAUCCCAGAUGGACAGAAUUCUUCAGGUCAGCAGCGGCCAUCAGACCCCCCACAUUGUCACUAAACACACAGGAAUCCAAAGCGACCCACCGAGCAGCUGCCCAUCGGAAGAUGUCACUGAGGUCAGAAGGCAGCUCACCGAGAAGAUGGCGCACAUGCAGGAGCUUCAUGCUGCAGAGAUCCUGGACAUGGAAGCCCGGCACAUCCAUGAGACUGACAGCCUAAAAAGGGAGCAGGCAGUGGCCGUGCGGUUACUGACGGAAGAGUGUGGUGCACUGAAGGCCGCCAUCCACUGCCUGCGAGCCAGAGAGGGAGUUUCAAUUCCUGGUUCAACACACUCUGACUCUUAUCAAAGUAGAGAAAUGUGUUCAAGUGAUUCUGGAUCAGACUGGAGUCAAGGAGUUUAUCUUACACAAAGUCAGGGUUUUGAUUCAGCAUCAGAUGGUCCAGGAGAAGAAGGUGAAAGUUCAACAGAUUCAUUUCCAAAGAGGAUAAAGGGGUUGCUGAGAGCCGUUCAUAAUGAGGGCAUACAAGUCCUCUCACUCACUGAGCCCCCCUAUAGUGAAGGAGAUGCCAAUUUUGCUCAUCAAGCUUCAGAAUUUUGGCUGGAAGAAAGAAAAACUUACCUCAAUGCAAUCUCAUCUCUUAAGGAUUUAAUUACCAAAAUGCAGGUGCAAAGGGAAACCGAGCUUUAUGAGAGCUCUCAGCCCCAAGAGAAUCCUCCAGAUUGGCGAGGUGAAUUUCUAUGUGCCCUUCAACAAGUCUUUCUGAUGGAACGAAACAUUCUGCUAGCCAUGUUUAAGACAGAUGUGACGGCUCUAGGCACUAGAGAUGUUCUUGGAUUGCUAAACCAAGUGGAGCAGAGAUUACAAGAACAGGGCCUUGAAUACCGAGCUGCCAUAGAGUAUAUUCAGAGUGCAGAUAGAAGAAGCUUGUUAACAGAAAUUCAAACACUGCAAGCUCAAGUGAAGAGUAAAAUAAUGACCCUGAAGAGAGAACAAGAGAGCGAUUUGCAAAACCAAGAGCUGUUGGAGUACAACAUGCAGCAGAAACAGGCCCAGAUCCUGGAGAUGCAGGUGGAACUGAGCACCCUGAAGGAGAGAGCAGCCGAGCUUCAGGAUCAGCUCAAUGCUGAGAGGGUGAGGGCUGCUGAGCUCCAGGAUGGAUGGACCCAAGCAAAGCUGGAGCUUGAGACGACACUCAAAGCCCAGCAUAAGCAUCUGAAGGAGCUAGAAGCUUUCAGGAUGGAGGUUAAAGAAAAAACAGAUAAAGUACAUUUGUUAAAUGAUACUUUAGCUAAUGAACAGAAAAAAACAAGAGAGCUUCAGUGGGCUUUGGAGAAGGAAAAAGCCAAGUUGGAACGUAAUGAAGAAAGGGAAAGAGAGGAACUUGAGGAUCUAAAAUAUUCGUUGGAAGGUCAGAAACAAAGGAAUGUUCAAUUAAAUCAACUUUUAGAACAACAGAAACAGCUCCUGACUGAUUUGCAACAGAAAAUAGUGGCCCAGGGAACUCUGUAUGAUGCUCAGAUAUCAGAAGAGCGAAGCCAAAAGUCAGAGCUUCAGGGACUACUUGAAUCAGAGAAAGUUCGAGUCCUGGAAAUUCAAGAGACCCUUGAAAGGGAAAGAGAAUUACAUGCUCAGCUUCAGGCUCAUGAUGACCAUGAGCAGGAUAAGGUAUCCACAUCGAGUGAGGACGUUCUCAAAGAACUGCAAAAGCAAUUGUAUGAAAAACAUAACCGUAUAGUGGAGUUGGUCAGUGCAAUUGAAAAAUAUAAGCUGGACUUUUUGCAAAUGAGACAACAGACAGAAAAAGAUAGGCAAAUGCAUAGGAAGACAUUGCUCACAGAACAACAGGCCAACACUGAGGGACUGAAAAAGAUCCAUGAGCUACAGUCAAAACUAGAAGAUCUCCAAUGGCAGCUAGAAGAGAAAAGGCAACAAAUUUAUAAACUAGAACUUGAAAGGAAGAGAUCACAAGAAAUUAUACAGGAGCUUCAGAAACAAGAACAGGAGAAGGAAGAAAAAAUUGAAACAGAAAGAGUAUCAUAUCAGAAUCUCAAUGAGCCAACCACAUGGGACUCAUCCAGUGAUCGAACACGGAAUUGGGUCCUCCAGCAGAAGAUUGAAGGAGCUGAAGAAAAAGAAUCAAGUUAUCCUCCACUGAUUGAGAUGAAUGGAGAUGGAACAAUUGAGGAUAUUCAUGAACCAGAGGCCAUUAGACAAAAACUGCAGAUCAUAUCAUCAAAACUACAACAGCUGGUUCACAAAGCCUCUAGCAGGUUACAGUUUGAAGCAGCAGAUAAUGAAGAUCUUAUUUGGGUCCAGAAAAAUAUUGAUCAUAUUCUUUUACAAUUACAAAAGUUUACUGGAUUAUCCCAACAAGGGGAGGCCACUUUAGUAUCACCAGGCCUUUCUUGUAACUCCUUGACAGAAAGAUUACUGAGACAAAAUGCUGAGCUGACAGGACAUAUCAGGCAGCUGACUGAGGAAAAGAACGAUUUGAGAAACGUGGUGAUGAAGCUGGAGGAAGAGAUCAGGUGGUUUCGGAAGACAGGACCUUGUGGAGACUAUUCUAAUCGACAUUCAUUCAGUCGUGGUACUAACAUUGAGGCGGUGAUAGCUUCUGAGAAAGAAAUUUGGAACCGAGAAAAGCUAGCUCUCCAGAAGUCCUUGAGACAGGCUGAAGCUGAGGUUUGCAGAUUGAAGGCUGAACUAAGGAAUGAAGCUUUGUUGCAAGACUUGAAUCCCAACUCAGAAAGCACAGCUUUAAAGAGAAUUUAUGGUAAAUAUUUGAGAGCAGAAAGUUUUCGGAAAGCUCUCAUCUAUCAGAAGAACUACCUGCUGCUAUUACUAGGUGGGUUCCAAGAAUGUGAAGAUGCUACUCUGGCCCUCAUUGCACGAAUGGGUGGACAGCCAUCCUGUACAGACCUAACAGUCAUCACAAGCCAGUCCAAAGGCUUCACCAGGUUUCGGUCUGCGGUUAGAGUUUCUAUUGCCAUUUCAAGAAUGAAGUUCCUGGUCCGCAGAUGGCAUCGGGUAACGGGUUCUUGUUCCAUUAAUAUUAAUAGGGAUGGCUUUGGACAGAAUCCAGGUACAUUUUGGGUCACUUUAGGCACAGACAAGACAGACCCAUUUUAUCAUUCGCCGGGUGGACUGGAGCUUUGUGGAGAGCAGAGACAUUCCUCUUACCGGUCGCGGUCUGAUCUGGACUGCCCCAGGUCUCCUUUACACUUUCAGCACAGGUACCCAGGCACCCCUGCUGACUUGAACCCCGGCUCCCUGGCCUGCUCUCAGCUUCAGAAUUACGACCCUGACAGAGCUCUGACAGACUACAUCCAUCGUUUGGAAGCCCUGCAGAGGAGGCUCGGAAAUGUCCAGUCAGGGUCAACACCUUCGUCCACUCAGUUUCAUGCUGGCAUGAGAAGAUAAUCCUCUGAACAGCAUCAUCGGUUGUAAUAAUUGCCUUUUGUAAAUGGAUGCAUCUUUUGUAUUGUGUAUAUUUAAUGGGACCAAGGCAAACACAGGCCAUUGUAUACAAUUCCCUGGCCGACACAUCUGAGCAGACUGGAAUUUAUGUAUAUAAGCAUUGUGUGUUCGUGCACAACAAUCACUAAAUGACGUGUACAUGUAUAUUUGUGGAAUGCUAAUUUAAAUGAUUAACUUAUGAAAGACUUGUGUAUUUAUCAAAGGGAUGAAGAGAAAACUUUUGCAUAUUAUUACUGAUGAAUGUGUAGCUCUAAGUGUCCUGUCCUUUUCUCACAAGACUACUUAAGUUACAUGAUUCUGCCCUAAUAUAUUUGCUACUGGCAGUGCAGACAGAACAUAUCACUUGUAGAGACCUAUUUUUGUAAUGGUAGAAGUUUUGAAUUUUAUUGGGGGUAUUUUGUCAAAGUACUGAAAUAAAAAACAACUUCAUUUUAA